GAACUCCCCUUCAGUUCAUCAGCCCAACCUCCCUAAUCUCCCGUUUACAUUACGAGUAAGCAUGCAUGUUCGGGGGCUUAUAAAUAGCAUCACCUUCCCCUACCACUCGCUUCAUCAGCUCGUAUCUCUCAUCUCUCCAUCCACCACCAACAACCACACCGAAUUAACCACACACUGCAGCUUGCAACAGCUACCAAUUCUAGAUCAGGGACAGCUUUGCUCCGCUAACCAGAUCAUCAGGAAGCAAUGGAGAUGUACAUGGACGGCAAGCAGUGGGCGAAGCUGUCUUCGAGCUCGAAGAAAGGGAGCCGGAGGUCGGCGGCGGCGGUGGCGCCGGCAGCCGACGAGGGGAGCCCGAGGGGCGUCAGAGCCCGGGCGGCGUCGAGGGGCCCGGCGGCCAGGUCGUCGGCGUCACGGCGGCUGGCCAGCAUGGUGAGGGAGCAGCGGGCGCGGUUCUACAUCAUGCGCCGCUGCGUCACCAUGCUCGUGUGCUGGAAGGACUAGCUGCUGCUGCUGCUGCUUCUGGGCUUCUGGCUGACACCGCCUGAAGGUUGUGGGCUUGUAGGCCCGGGCCCGGCCCAUCAGGAGCUCUACAGAAGCCACGGGCCCUGCUGGGCCCAGCCCAACCUGAGGGAGAGAGAUGUGCCGAUGUUUGCUGUGGCCAUCCUGUGGUUCCUGGUAGUGUUUCUAGUGUGCCAACAAAUUAUAGCUUGGAUGUAAUUGCUGCCUGAAGCGCAGCUAGCAUUGUUGUAAAAACGCUAAGCCAUUGUUACUGCUACUCCCCUUUUCUCUGUUACUGAAUUGUGUGGAAUACAUAUCUUGAUCACUUUUCAUUUU